AUGUCGCAGACUCGCACCGCGCCCUCGCCGACCCAUUCGGACAAGCAGCGGCAGGAUCGUCCUGACUCGGCGCCCCGCCCGCAAGUAAAUCCGAAGCGGACCACCUUCGAGCUCGAGCCGAACCCUUUCGAACAGUCCUUCGCUCCUUCCGUGCGCACCCACCAGCAGCCCUCGCCCACCCGCGACCCCGCGACGCUCUCUGACCGCGACGGCGACCACUCGCGCCCCUCCUCGUCCUCGCAUUCCGGCGACCACAGCAGCUCUCCUCGCAAUGCCAACUCCAAGCCCGUUCUCCCGCCCCUCGCGUCCAUCAGCUCGCCCUCAGACGCAUCCUAUACCUGGGCCUUCUCCUCGUCCUCGCUCUCCAACUCUCUGCGCUCCGGGCCCCUCUCCCCCGCCAUGCUCGCCGGUCCCCGCCCGAACUCGAACAACGACCAACCGCUGCCCGCGUUCGACCCGGUCUCCUUCCGCACAGGUCUCACACCGCGCACGGGGCUCACCCCCGGCACCGGCCUCACUCCUCUCAUCGGCGGGCCCGUCUCCUUCCCCCCGCCCUCACCCAACACCGCCGCGUUCCUCGCCAUGAUGAACAGCAGCUCCGGCACUGCGGCCACCAUCACCCCGAACACACUCUCUGCCAUCACCGGCGUGCUCUCCAGCGCGCAUCACUCGCACCAGGCCCAAAAUCCCUCUCCGCUCUCCAUCUCCCACGCGUUCUCCUCCACCCAGGCCCAGCGCGAGCAAACCGCCAGCUAUGCCGCCAGUGCUGCCAGUGCUGCCAACGCUGCCAGCUCUGCGACCAACGGCCUGUUCCUGCUCUCACAGGCCCACCAGGAGCUCACCAAGCGCGAAGAGGCCCAGCGCGCGGGCCAGGCCGCCAGCGGCAACGCCAACGGCGCUGCGCCCUCUGCCACCGCUGCGGCAUCCGCGAACGGGAACGGGAACCGGGGCACGAAGCGGAAGGCGUACCAGUCAUCCACCGAGCCUUCGUCGGACCUUGGCCCCGCCGCAGGCGUAGGCAAGCGCACGCGCUCCUCCGCCAACGCCCCUGCUGCACCGCCCGCGCCCACUGCACGCACGGCGGCCCGUCGUGGCCGUUCGCAGAGCAUGGACGAGGGCGAGGAGGAAGAGGAAGAGGAGGAAGAGUACAGCACCGAGCGAGCCACUUCCACUGGGUCCAAGAAGGCGUCCGGGCAGAAGAAGCCAGAGACGGAGGAAGAGAAGCGCAAGAACUUCCUCGAGCGCAAUCGACAAGCGGCGCUCAAGUGCCGGCAGCGCAAGAAGGCGGCGCUCGCGCAGAUGCAGGCGAAGCUCGAGUAUCUUGCGAACGAAAACGAGCGACUCUCGGCGGCGCUUGGCGCCUCCCGCGAAGAAAUUUCGCGCCUCUCCGCUCUUGUAGGUGCCUCCGUAGGACCUGGCAACAACCUGGUUUCGGGAGGCGUAGGGGUGCCGAACGUCAACGGGGCGGGGAACCAGAUGGGCGGGCCUCCGAAAGCAUCCGGCGCGCGACUGUACGAUGAAGGGGUUCGUGGUAGACAACGCCCGGCGGAUGCCUCUGAGCUCGAGGAGGUCCCUGUUCAAAAUGACGAUGCCGACCGACAUACCGAUCGAGAAAGUACCGCGGUUCAGCAUCACAAGGUGGACAAGAAUGAUCCUCAAAUUGUAAAGCGCGGAGACUCGGUUCUCGCUGCAUUCGGCAAGGCAGUGCUUCGUCCAGAGGAAUUGAUCAGUGUCGCACUGGGGAUGCUUGGGAGGAGCAAUCAUGCGUCGACCGAAGAUGCUGCGCUCAGAAGGUUGUUACGCGGUUAUGCAUAUGUCUGCGAUGAAAAAUGGGACUCACUCCUCCUCGCUCACUCGUUCACCAUGCCUCCAGGCUAUGCAUCUACCAUUGCUGCGUCAGAUGCGCACGACAACGUGGGCGAUGUCCACCUGAGGUUGGAGUUGCGGCACACAGCAAUAGCCCAGAAGACCAACGAGACUCACGCCAAUUCGUGCAUCUAUCACAUAUUGUCCCAGAUCGAGACCAUCAAAUUCGCCCGAGACUGGCAAGCUCGUUCGUUUCAAGCUGGGGGUAAAGCAUGGGUAUCCAAAUUCUAUGCAUCGGUGUUUCAAGAUGAUCCCAAAUACAAGCCUGGUUUCGAUGGCCUUACAUGGGAGGCACGCGAGACGAGAUUAGAAGCCCUAGGCUCCGAGUUCAAGAAGUGGAAGAGGGAUAAUGAGCAUAUCGUCACCGCACGAAACCGCUUACUCAAACUGUACAACACUUUCGGAGCUGCGGUGCUUGUGGACCCCACGUGGAGUGUCGACGACUUGUCGAAGCGUCGCUCCCGAGACUUCCCAUCAGUCAUGCAGUAUAUAUAUGCGCAUAUACCCAUCACUCCCCGGCUUGACCCCGGUGACGACGAAGAUGGAGAUGGCAAGGAAGGACGUUCGGUGUCGGCCCUCACAGCCUUGCAGACGAACACGAACCGAGCGGUAAUCCGCAUCGUUGGAGCAUUCGGAGGACCCGACGUUGCUCAGCAUGUUUCAAAGUUUCUCGAAGCUCAUCCGCCCACUUUCGAACUUAUGUAG